UCGGGCAGGGAGACAUGCAGAUGCCGGCUGGACCUCGAGGUAGCCGAUGGAGGGUUGACAUGAGCCACGAGGUCGUAUCGACCCACGUAGUGGUCGUGUAUAGAGACCAGCUUGACCGGAUGAUAGACGGCGAGUUUAUCUGGCAGCCUUAUGCUGAUGUCCUCCAGACGCUCCCAGACUACUGCCGCCUAGGUGAGGAUAUAUGGAUGGCGAGAGUACCACUCAUUUGUUUUGACGUGGUUGAGUGGCAUCUCCCUGAUCGUGUCCUCCGACAGUUUGGUCGGGUCCAGGCCGUGCCGGAUCGGUGUGACACCGAGUGGCGGUUGCAUGCGACGGAUAGACGUGGCCAAGCCAGCACUGACUGGAGUUAGCAUCAUAUGCGAUACAUACAGUUGUGGGAUGCCCGUCGCGACACUAUUGUACAGGCUGACUGGAGCGAUGGGGUCCUCCCCUCUCCCGACCCUUACAUGUUGUGGUAUCGGCGACAUACACACCUACUUGUCGGUAAUCCGAGCCACCUGUCCGAGGCCGGAUAUCAGGGAGUUGGGCCUUCUCUCGAGUCAUUGGUGGUUCGAGCUGGGAGGUCAUAUCACUUGGCUGAGGAUGCUAUUUUCAGACGUGAUGGACAGCUUGGUCUGCAGGCCCUUGUAGAGAUCAGAGAGUUAUUGUACGAGGGGAUCCAGCAUGCCCAUCGGGUAGAUCGUCUGCAUUUUGGGGACUACGGUGUACACACUGCAGCAGCUGCUCCAGACACAUCAGUCCCGUCCACGGCAGUGCCUUCCAGUUCAGCGCCAGCCACAGCAGGUCCUUCGACUUCAGUCACCCCACCACAUGAUACCCCAUACAUUUCUCCAUAUUCCCCACACGUAUAUCUUACCCAGCAUGCUGACCCUGACCCUGAUUGGUCACCGCCCCGCUUCAUGCAUGAUGUUAUUACCCCACCCACCCAGUUACAUCCUACUUUUCUGGGGAGUACUUCGACCGCGCCCCGGUUCAUGCAUGAUGUUGCUACCCCACCCACCCAGUUACCACCUGCUUUUAUGGGGACUACUUCGACCGUGCCCAGGAGUACACAUGAUGCAGUUCUCACUGACAUCUCACACAUUGAUGAUGAGGGCCAUAUUGAGCCCCCCCCAGAGCGCGAGGGAGAGGUUAUGGUCGUGGGGGACGUCGCGGCCGAGGUCGGGGUGCGGGCAGAGGCAGAGGUCUGGGUCCAGCUGCAGAUCGUGAUACAGUUGCACCAGACGAGGGAGUGGGAGUUUCACAGCUCACAGCAGUAUCUGAUCUACAGGCACAGGCAGGAUCAGGGGCAUGAGAUGCAGGAGAGGGGGGGUCACACUCACACUCACAGGCUCCGCAGGCAGUCAGUGGGGGGCAGCAUGCAGGGGAGAGAGUGCCAGAUAUUUAGAGAGUCUACCGUAGGAGACCGAGGAGGGAGAUCCACAGUCGGGGUUGUGGGACUGGGGGCAGGUUAGGGCAUUAGCAGUUGCGAUAUGGACUAUAUAGGUUUUUUUUUUUUUCUUUUUUUUGUUUGUAUGUGUCAAACUUGUACAGCUGAUGUAAGUGUCAUACUUAUUUAUUCGCAAUUAUCAUUUCACAAUUUUUUAUUCUUAUUUA